GUUGGGGGGCAAGGAUCCGCCCGCUAAAGGCUGGGAUCUCUGGGAAGAGCAUCCCUAGAUGCGCGUUCUGGCGCGUGCAGGGGGAAGCAGGGAUGGGAGGGGAAAUCUCGUGGGCAGUUCAGCAUCCCGCUCUCCAGCACCGGCGGGGCCGGCUGGAGCUCCUUCCAGCCCUGGAGGAAGAGAAGCCGCCACCAGGCCAGAGCAGAGCUCUGGGAGGGAGGGCGCCCGGGCGGCCGCGCGAUGGCGCCGGCGGGAGGCGGGGUCUGGCCGGCCUAUUUGAGCCACGUGCGGUUGUUUCCGUGUCGGGGCGAUCACGUGAGCCGUGUCAGCUGACCCGUCACGGUGGAGCCCGGCGCUGGCGCCCCGCGGCCCCCGCCCCGCCGCGCCCCGAGUGCAGGACCCUGUGGAGGGGUAAGAGCGUCCCCGCCGUCUCCUCCUCUGUGCCCGGCCCGCUCCCGCCGCCUCCGCCCCAGCCCCUGUCCUUCGCCCAUCCCUGCCCGCCCGGCCUGGCUCCCCGGAAACCGUCGUGGGAAGGGCUGUGGCCGGGCUCAGCCCCGCGCUGCCCCCAGGCGGCCAGAAGGGGAUGGCCCUGGGGAGCAGGGGGCGGGAAGUCGCUCUUACCACCGGGACCGAGGGCUGGUCCCCGCCCCCAAGCCCCGACAUGGAGGAGCUGCUCCAGAGCGUGGAGAGGGACCUGAACAUCGAUGCCCGGCAGCUGGCUCCUGCCCUGGGGGGCACCCACGUGGUGGCCCUAGUAUCCGCGCGCUGGCUGGCUAGCCUCCGCGAGCGCCGGCUGCCCCCGGGCCCCUGCCCCCGAGCAGAGGGCCUGAGCGAAGCGGAAGUCAGGACUCUCCUGCAGCGCUCCGUGCAGAGGCUGCCCCCCGGCUGGACGCGCGUGGAGGUGCAUGGGCUGCGGAAACGGAGGCUGUCCUACCCGCUGGGCGGCGGUCUGCCCUUUGAGGAGGGGUCUUGCAGCCCUGAGACCCUCACUCGCUUCAUGCGGGAUGUGGCUACUCAGAAUUAUCGCAACCUGUGGCGCCACGCAUAUCAUACUUACGGACAGCCCUAUAGUCACAGUCCUGCUCCUUCAGCUGUCCCUGCCCUGGACUCAGUGCGGCAGGCUCUGCAGAGGGUCUAUGGUUGCUCCUUCCUGCCAGUGGGUGAAGCUACCCAAUGCCCAUCGUAUGCCAGAGACGGCCCCUGCCCUCCUAGGGGCAGCCCUGCUUGUCCUAGUCUUUUGCGAGCUGAGGCCCUGUUGGAGUCACCAGAGAUGCUAUACGUGGUGCACCCUUAUGUGCAGUUCUCCCUGCAUGAUGUGGUCACCUUCAGCCCUGCCAAGCUGACCAACAGCCAAGCCAAGGUGCUCUUCAUUCUCUUUCGUGUACUGAGGGCCAUGGAUGCCUGUCACCGCCAGGGACUGGCCUGCGGGGCCCUGUCUUUGCACCACAUUGCUGUGGAUGAGAAGCUUUGCAGUGAGCUCCGGCUGGACCUGAGUGCUUACGAGAGGCCCAAGGAGGAUGAGAAGGGGGAGACCCCUGUAACAAGGGACAAGACAGAAAUUGAGCCUGGAGAGGAGGGAGGAGGGGGACCUAGGUGUCCCACCUGCCAGGAGGAACUUAGGGGCCUUGUGCUAGACUGGGUCCAUGGCCGCAUCAGCAACUUCCACUACCUCAUGCAGCUGAAUCGUUUGGCAGGUCGGCGGCAGGGGGAUCCCAACUACCACCCCGUGCUGCCCUGGGUGGUGGACUUCACCACACCCCACGGGCGCUUCCGAGACCUGCGGAAAUCCAAGUUCCGCCUCAACAAGGGGGAUAAGCAGCUGGACUUCACGUAUGAGAUGACGCGGCAGGCAUUUGUGGCAGGUGGCCUGGGUGGCGGGGAGCCACCUCAUGUUCCUCACCACAUCUCGGACGUGCUCUCCGACAUCACAUACUAUGUGUACAAGGCUCGGCGCACACCCCGGGCAGUGCUCUGUGGACACGUGCGGGCACAGUGGGAGCCCCAUGAGUAUCCCGCCAGCAUGGAACGCAUGCAGAACUGGACGCCAGAUGAGUGCAUCCCCGAGUUCUACACUGAUCCCUCCAUCUUCUCCUCUAUCCACCCUGACAUGCCUGACCUGGAUGUGCCGGCCUGGUGUGGCUCCAGCCAGGAGUUUGUGGCUGCCCACCGGGCGCUGCUGGAGAGCCCCGAGGUGUCCCAGGACCUGCAUCACUGGAUCGACCUCACCUUUGGCUAUAAACUCCAGGGCAAGGAGGCUGUGAAGGAGAAGAAUGUGUGCCUGCACCUGGUGGAUGGCCACACUCACCUGACCAGCUAUGGCGUGGUGCAGCUCUUCGAUCAGCCACACCCCCAGCGCCUGGCUGGAGCUCCUGUCCUUGCCCCUGAGCCUCCAUUCAUCCCCAGGCUGUUGUUCCAGACCAUCCAGGAGAGCACAGGCCAGGAGGACUUCCCAGGCCAGCUUACAAAUGGGGUGGGCAGGCUGGUUUUGGAGGCCACUCCCUGUGAGGCUGGCUGGGCCAGAGACAGGUCCGUGGUGGGAGAAGAUGACUUGGAGCAGGCCACAGAAGCUCUGGAUUCCAUCUCCCUUGUUGGGAAAGCAGGUGACCAGCUGGGUCCCUCCUCCUCCUCCAAUCAAGUGCCCCCAGGCCUCCUGUCUUUCUCAGUGGCCUCAGCCUCUCGACCAGGCCGCAGAAACAAAGCUGCUGGGGCAGACCUUGGGGAAGGCGAGGAGGGGAAGAUCCUUCUUCCAGAGGCCUUCAAUCCUGUGCAGGCUCUGGAGGAGCUGGAGAAGCUAGGCAACUUCCUGACCAAAGGUCUAGGGGGCCGGUUGGAGGUGCCUGAGCAGCCGCAGGUCCAGCCCCCCGUGCAGCUGCGGGACCUCUUCCAUCGGGACAUGCAGGCGCUGGGGGUCCUUUUGGCUGAGAUGGUGUUUGCCACCAGGGUCCGAACACUGCAGCCUGACGCACCUUUGUGGCUACGCUUCGAGACUGUUCGGGGACUCUGCACGCGGCAUCCCAAGGAGGUCCCUGUGUCUCUGCAGCCUGUGCUGGACAUGCUUCUGCAGCUGAGUGGGUCUGAAGGCCCCGUGGUAUCAAGGAGGGGCAAUCUGGACCCACUGUUUGAGUACAGACCCGUCUCCCAGGGGUUGCCCCCGCCCUGCCCGGCCCAGCUCCUCAGCCCCUUCAGCUCCAUGGUUCCCUUCCCUCCAUAUUUCCCAGCGUUGCACAAGUUCAUCCUUUUGUACCAGGCGAGGUGUGUGGAGGAUGAGGCCCAGGGACGGGAGCUGGUCUUUGCUCUAUGGCAGCAACUGGGUGCAGUGCUGAGUGACAUCACCCCUGAGGGCCUGGAGAUCCUGCUGCCCUUCGUGCUGUCACUCAUGUCCGAAGAGCACACGGCCGUGUAUACAGCCUGGUACCUAUUUGAACCUGUUGCCAAAGCACUGGGCCCCAAAAAUGCUAAUAAGUACCUACUGAAACCUCUCAUUGGUGCCUAUGAGAGCCCCUGCCGGCUACAUGGCCGCUUCUACCUGUACACUGACUGCUUUGUGGCCCAGCUGAUGGUACGGCUGGGCCUGCAGGCCUUUCUCGUCCACCUGCUGCCCCAUGUCCUGCAGGUGCUGGCUGGUGUCGAGGCUUCCCAGGAGGAAAGCAAGGGCCUGGCAGGGGCUGCUGAAGAUGAGGAAAGCGGGCUCCCAGGGGCCAGGGCCAGCUCCUGUGCCUUUGGGGAAGAGAUUCAGAUGGAUGGGGAGCCUGCUGCCUCCUCGGGCCUAGGGCUCCCAGACUACACGUCUGGCGUCAGCUUCCACGACCAGGCUGACCUCCCCGAGACAGAGGACUUCCAAGCUGGGCUCUAUGUGGCUGAGUCCCCACAGCCCCAGGAGGCUGAGGCUGUGAGCCUGGGCCGGCUGAGUGACAAGAGCAGCACCAGCGAGGCCUCGCUGGGCGAGGAGCGGGCUGACGAGGGGAGCGCCCCUGUGGACAAGAGCAGCCUCAAGUCAGGCGACAGCAGCCAGGACUUGAAGCAAAGCGAGGGCUCAGAGGAGGAAGAGGAGGAGGAGGAAGUCUGUGUGGUGUUGGAGGAGGAGGAGGGGGAGGGGGAACAAGAUGAGGUCACCGGGGCCUCUGAGCUCACUCUCCCUGACCCGGUGCUGUCCAUGGAUACGGUUGUGGCCGGUGGCGGAGGGGCAGACGGGGAGGAAGCGGAGGAGCCGCUGACCGAGCAGUCGGAGGGCAAAGAACAGCAGAUCCUUCUUGAUACAGCCUGCAAGAUGGUCCGCUGGCUGGCUGCCAAGCUUGGCCCCACAGUGGCCUCUCGCCAUGUGGCCCGAAAUCUGCUCCGCCUGCUGACAUCAUGUUAUGUUGGGCCUACUCGGCAGCAGUUCACGAUGAGUAGUGGCGAGAGCCCCCCACUGAGUGCCGGCAACAUCUACCAGAAGAGACCAGUGCUGGGCGAUAUAGUGUCGGGGCCCGUGCUCAGCUGCCUCCUCCACAUCGCCUAUCUGUAUGGGGAGCCCGUCCUCACCUACCAGUACCUGCCCUACAUCAGCUACCUGGUGGCCCCUGGGAGCACCUCAGGCCCUAGUCGACUGAACAGCCGUAAGGAGGCGGGGCUCCUGGCAGCGGUGACUCUGACCCAGAAGAUCAUCGUGUACCUCUCAGACACCACCCUCAUGGACAUCCUGCCCCGUAUCAGCCACGAGGUCUUGCUGCCCGUGCUCAGCUUCCUUACUUCCCUCGUCACGGGGUUCCCAAGUGGAGCCCAGGCCCGGACUGUUUUGUGUAUGAAAACCAUCAGCCUCAUCGCCCUCAUCUGCCUGCGUAUUGGACAGGAGAUGGUCCAGCAGCACCUGAGCGAGCCCGUUGCCACCUUCUUUCAAGUCUUCUCUCAGCUGCAUGAGCUUCAGCACCUGGAUCUGAAGCUGGAUUCUGUGAGCCGCAGUGAGGGCCAGCUGCCAGAGGUGGCCUUCUCUGACGGGCAGCAGCGGCUGGUGGACCCCACCCUGCUGGAUGAGCUGCAGAAGGUGUUCACCUUGGAGAUGGCGUACACAAUCUACGUGCCCUUCUCCUGCCUGUUGGGUGACAUCAUCCGGAAAAUCAUCCCCAACCACGAGCUGGUGGGGGAGCUGGCAGGGCUGUAUUUGAAGAGCGUCAGCCCAAACAGUCGCAGCCCUGCCAGUGUGGAGCCCACUGUGCCCAGUACCGGCCCUGGGUGGGACUCCCAGGGUGGGGGCUGUCCCCAGGAUGAUGGCCACUCAGGGACCUUUGGGAGUGUCCUGGUCGGGAACCGCAUCCAGAUCCCUGACGACUCUCACCCUGACAGCCCCGGCCCUCUGGGCCCCAUCUCGGGGGUGGGCAGCGGGGGCCUCGGCAGCAAGAAUGAGGACAACGCGCUGAAGCGGGAGCUGCCGCGGAGUGCCCACGGGCUGAGCGGGAACUGGCUGGCGUACUGGCAGUAUGAGAUUGGCGUGAGCCAGCAGGACGCCCACUUUCACUUCCACCAGAUCCGCCUGCAGAGCUUCCCGGGCCACUCGGGGGCUGUUAAGUGCGUGGCGCCCCUGAGCAGUGAGGACUUCUUCCUGAGUGGCAGCAAGGACCGCACUGUGCGCCUCUGGCCGCUCUACAACUCUGGGGACGGCACCAGCGAGACAGCCCCACGCCUCGUCUACGCCCAGCACCGCAAGAGUGUCUUCUUCGUGGGCCAGCUUGAGGCCCCACAGUGUGUGGUGAGCUGUGAUGGGGCUGUGCACGUCUGGGACCCCUUCACAGGGAAGACCCUUCGCACCGUGGAGCCGGCAGACAGCCGGGUGCCCCUGACCGCUGUGGCUGUCAUGCCUGCCCCCCACACCAGCAUCACCAUGGCCAGCUCAGACUCGACCCUGCGCUUUGUGGACUGCAGGAAGCCGGGCCUGCAGCAUGAGUUCCGCCUGGGUGGCGGGCUGAACCCUGGGCUUGUCCGCUCCCUGGCCGUUAGCCCCAGUGGCCGUAGUGUCGUAGCUGGCUUCUCCUCAGGCUUCAUGGUGCUCCUGGACACCCGUACAGGCCUGGUUCUGCGUGGCUGGCCUGCCCAUGAGGGGGACAUCCUGCAGAUCAAGGCGGUGGAGGGCAGCGUCCUGGUCAGCUCUUCCUCCGACCAUUCCUUGACUGUCUGGAAGGAGCUGGAGCAGAAGCCCACACACCACUACAAGUCAGCCUCCGACCCUAUCCAUACCUUCGACCUGUAUGGCAGCGAGGUGGUCACUGGCACUGUGGCCAACAAGAUCGGUGUCUGCUCCCUGCUUGAGCCGCCCUCCCAGGCCACCACCAAGCUCAGCUCUGAGAACUUCCGUGGCACGCUCACCAGCCUGGCCUUGCUGCCCACCAAACGCCACCUCCUGCUGGGCUCAGACAAUGGGGUCAUCCGCCUCCUUGCAUAGGCUGAGAUGGGGACUAGCCAGGCGGGGGUGGGCAGACAUCCUCCAGGGUCCAGGCUCCUAAACCCCCAGAGCCCCCAAGUCUGCUGGAAGGGAUCUCCUUCGUGGCUUGGGGAGAUGUUGCUCCAAGCCAGCAGGAAGAGGGAGAGCGUGGGAAAGCAUUGCUGCCCUCUCUUCUCCAUGCUCUGCCCUUGGGUCAAUGUGGGGAGAGGGAAGGUCUUGGAAGGGUUAGGGAGACUGGCCCUGCCCAGCCAGUCUCCAGCCAAAGCCCCCCUUGCUAGGGUCUCUCUGCCCCUGUCCCAUAAGGACAGGGAAGCUGCCCCAGUCCAGGACACUGAUGGUGCUUGGACUCAAGCCUCUAAGGAGGGCUGGCUGUGGUCUAAGAGUUAAGGGCCUGUGGCUUAAGUGUCCACCCAGUCAGACCCUGCCCAGUGGGACCAGUAGGGGAAGAAAGAGGGCGGGGCCAGGGGAGGGAAGGAAGAUGGACUGGACCAGCUGGUGCCUGCCAGGAAUGACCCCAUCCUUGCCUCCCACCCCUAACUACAGUGUUUGUGCCUUGAGCUGAGGAGGUAGAUCCUGGGCCCAGAACCCCUGGUGGAUGGGGUUCUAAGACCCUGAGAGAAGGGGCGAGAAGAAUCACAUCUCCAUCUCAGGUCUCACCCAGGGGACAGGAAGACCCAGGUGUCCCGGGUCCUCACAUUCUGGAGCAGAGAUGAGGUCUGAGGCUGGGCUCCUGCUGCCUCCUCGCUAUUUGCAAUAGAUGUAAAUAUGACCAAUAAAUCCUUUGGAAGAGCUGUG